AUGGAAGGGGUUUAUAGGACUAGAAGGGGUUAUGUGUUAGAAGGGGUUCUGGUGUUUUAUAAUACUGUGGAGUACAAAAGUGUCAUUCCAUAUUUUGUAUGUACUGUGGAUUUCAACGGUACCGGUUAUGUCGGAGAGGCAGCUGGAAGGAAAAGGGACGCCGAGAAUUUAGCUGCUCGUUCCGCCAUUCUUUCAUUAAUUGGAAACUCAGAGCGACUAUCUGAUCAUUUGAAUGUCUUGCCCGUAAAGGAUACUGCACAGUCCCAUGAGCAUGUUCAUUUGUUGGAUGACAGAGACAAGGACAUUAUUGUUCCUUCGGCUACUGAUAAUAUGAAUCAGAUUGCAGUUGUACAUCCUGAGCCUCGCCCAAAUGUUUCCACAAUUCAACAACCUGAGAUGCCAACACAUGAACCAACCCCGGAAGCCACCGAGUCAACAAAUGAGUUUCAGCAACCUGAUCCUGCACUUCCUAUUGAUAAUGUUAUAAGUGCAAAAAAACGCAAAAGGAGCAAUUACAAGGCUAAUAAGAGAGCACGGAUCGCCGCUGCCGCUGUUCAGUUACCUGAUAACCAAGGAACACCUUGUGCGGCACAGUAACAAUGUUGAAGUGUGAUGAUCUUUUAGGAGUUAAACAAUCUCAAGACCAAUCUCAGCAUCUCCACAUUAUUAGACAUUUCCACAUUAUCAGAUAUUAUAUUUUCGGCGAA